CACGUAGGUUGUUGGGCUAGCUAGAGAAUCCGCGGCGAUGGCGACGACGGCUCGGUGCUGGAAAGGGACGCAGUGAAGCUGGCCUCGGCUCGGAUAUGACUAAUGCCUAUUUGAUCGAGGUUUAUUUGCUGCUUAGUAAUUGCACGGGCUUCCGAUGAAUCGUUGGUUUCUAACUUCUCAUCACUGCUUUCUCUGAUUUCCAUGUCUUACUUGUAAGGGUUUCCAAACAGCAUCAUCAGGACUGCUCAUUGUCCGAUACAGAUUACGACUGCUCCAGGCCGGAGUUUCUUGUCGGGUGACCCACACUCCUUCCGAGGGGCCAUGGAGGAGGAGGGGCAGCAGAGCUUGGAAUGUAUCCAGGCCAAUCAGAUCUUCCCCAAGAAGUCCCCCGUUCUCGAGGAGGAAAACAUGCAGGUGCCCUUUCCUGAGCUGCAUGGUGAGUUCACAGAGUAUGUGGGGAGAGCAGAGGAUGCCAUCAUCGCAAUAUCUAACUACCGCCUACACAUCAAGUUCAAAGAGUCCGUUGUCAACAGUUGUUGUUGUGAGGUGUCAGUUCCUCUUCAGCUCAUAGAGAACUCGGAGUGUCGGGAUAUGUUCCAGCUUCAUGUCACCUGUAAAGACUGUAAAGUUGUCAGGUGUCAGUUCUCCAGCUUUGAGCAGUGUCAGGAAUGGCUAAAACGCCUGAAUGCGGUAGUGCGCCCUCCCUCCCGCCUGGAGGACCUCUUCUCCUUUGCCUUCCAUGCCUGGUGCAUGGAGGUAUAUGCUGGCGAGAAGGAGCAGCACGGCGAGCUAUGCAGACCAGGCGAACAUGUGACCUCCUGGUUCAAGAAUGAGGUGGAGAGGAUGUGCUUUGACACUCAAAACGCCUGGAGGAUAUCGGACAUCAACAGCAAGUUCAGGCUGUGCCCCAGCUAUCCCCAGCAGCUCCUGGUGCCAGCCUGGAUCACUGACAAAGAGCUGGAAAAUGUGGCAGCCUUCCGCUCCUGGAAGAGGUUUCCUGCUGUGGUUUAUAGGCACCAGACCACGGGAGCUGUGAUUGCCCGCUGUGGCCAGCCAGAAGUCAGCUGGUGGGGCUGGAGGAACGCAGAUGAUGAGCACCUGGUCCAGUCCAUCGCCAAGGCCUGCGCCGUGGACAGCAGCUCCCGUAAACACCUAACCAACGGCAGCUACACCAACGGCACUGACCUGCCUGAUACUGACUUUGAAUCCUCCAUGACCAACAGCUCAGAGGUGGAGACGUUGGCUACUCAGCCCCACAAGUUACUGAUUCUGGAUGCCAGGUCCUACGCUGCUGCUGUAGCUAACAGGGCCAAGGGGGGAGGCUGUGAAUGCCCAGAGUACUAUCCUAACUGUGAGGUGGUGUUUAUGGGCAUGGCCAACAUCCACUCCAUCCGCAAGAGUUUCCAGUCUCUGCGUUUCCUCUGCACUCAGAUGCCUGAUCCAGCUAACUGGCUUUCUGCACUGGAGAGCACCAAGUGGCUGCAGCACCUGUCCCUGCUGCUGAAGGCGGCGCUGCUGGUGGUCAACGCUGUGGACCGAGACCACAGACCCGUUCUGGUGCACUGCUCUGAUGGCUGGGACCGCACACCUCAGAUCGUUGCUUUGUCCAAGCUUUUGCUGGACCCUUACUACCGCACUGUUGAGGGCUUCCAGGUUUUGGUGGAGACUGAUUGGCUAGACUUCGGCCAUAAAUUUGCCGACCGCUGCGGCCAUGGAGAAAACUCUGAGGACCUGAACGAGCGCUGCCCCGUCUUCCUGCAGUGGCUAGAUUGUGUUCACCAGCUCCAGAGGCAGUUCCCAUGCUCCUUUGAGUUUAACGAGGCCUUCCUGGUGAAACUGGUGCAGCACACCUACUCCUGUCUGUUUGGCACCUUCCUGUGUAACAGCGGCAAGGAGAGGGAGGACCGUCACGUUCAGGAGAGAACCUGCUCAGUCUGGUCACUGCUGAGACCGGCCAACCGCACUUUGAGGAACAUGCUGUACUCCACACACUCCGAGACAGUUCUUCACCCAGUGUGUCAUGUACGCAACCUGAUGCUGUGGACGGCUGUCUACCUGCCCAGUUCCUCCCCCACCACCCCCUCCGAUGACUCCUGUGCCCCCUACCCUGUACCGGGUUGCAACACUGAGGACGCGCCCUUGGGCAGACGUACGAAGACUCGCUCCUUCGACAACUUGCCCAGUGCAUGUGAGCUGGGAAGCUCGCUGGCUCCUAACCGCCGCUCCAGUGACCCAAGCCUCAAUGAGAAGUGGCAGGACCACCGGCGUUCUCUGGAGCUCAACAUGGCAGUGGGGCCUGAGGGAGGGGGAAACCAGGAUCAGGAGGUGCGGCCUAACGGAGUGGGGCCUUACCCAGACGGAGUGGACUCUGAGCUGGAAGACAGCCCACAGCCCCAGGGCUCACAUGCUGAGCUUGGACAGGAAGCCUCUGUGAGCACGGCAGAAACAGUGGCGGAAGCUGAGAAGGCGGAGCUCUCUGUGGCGGUGGGCGUGGCUGAGGGCCAGAUGGAGAACAUUCUUAAGGAAGCCACUAAGGAGGAGGCGGGAACAGAUGUUAAGAGAGAGGGAAGUGCUGCUGUCACACAUGUCAUCAACACUGUUGACACAGAAGUCAAGAAGGAAGCAAAAGUUGAAGAGGAUGACGAGUGUGCUAAGGUUAAUGGGACUGAGAUGCAGAGAGAAGCAUUUACUAAUGGUCACCAUCUAGAAAAUUGCAUAAUGGAGGCUGAGGUUGAUGAGUCUCCCCCUCUGCCCACACAGAAGGCAGAGGAGCUGGAUCAGCAGGCAGCAGAGUUGACUCAGUCACGAGAGGACCUGGUAAAGCAGGACGCAGAGAACCGUUCUGCACUAGAGGAGCUUGAACAUGGACAGAGUGAGUCCGGCUCACGUGACCCUGAGCACCCUGCAGCCCAUAGAACUAUAACAAACAGCUUUGUGGACAGGUCACCUGAAGAGCCAGGAGUUGAUGAGGAGACCAGCCCUGACUCUGAAUCUGACAACGCUGUCUCAGAGCCAGUAGAGCAUGGUGAUAAGAGGGCCUCUCUGAUGGAAAGCUCCACAGAGACUUUAACGGAAGAAGCCUGUAGCAGGUUGGAGCUACCAGCACAGCCAACAGUUUGUCCCAGUCAUCAGCCUUGCAGUGAUAGCAAGAACCAACUGCCCAGCACCAGGAAGGAGAAAGGAUUGGAGACAGGCGAACAAGGCUUUGUCAGAACUUUAAACGGGGGCAGUAAGCGGCCCUCUGAUAGUGCCUUUCAGUCUGUGAAUGCUGACCUCAACAGGGAAGGGCUCUGUAAUGGCGACAACUCCGACGGGGAGCCCUGCGGAGGACAUCACUGGGUCAAAGGUAACGGGGAGAGGGUUCCUCUGAGUCGACAGGUGUCCCUAGCAAGCUGCAACUCUUUGAUCCUGCAUCCACGGGGCAGCUGCUCCCAGCACCGUUGGUGCCACACCCUGCUGGGCCGUGCUGCCAUUAGCCCAGAACAGCCGUCACGCAGCCAUCUUGACGACGACGGGCUGACGCUGCACACGGAUGCCAUCCAGCAGAGGCUAAGGCAGAUUGAGGCGGGACACCAGAUGGAGGUGGAGUCUCUGAAGAAGCAGGUGCAGGAGCUGUGGAGCCGCCUGGAGAAUCAGCAGCACGUCGGCUCCCACAGGAUCAACGGAGACAUGGGAGACGAAGUGACAUCAAUGACAGACUCUGAGUACAACCUGGACCCAAACUGUUUGUCGCGCUGCAGCACAGAGCUUUUCUCUGAGGCCAGCUGGGAGCAGGUGGACAAGCAGGACACUGAGGUGACUCGCUGGUACCCAGACCAUUUGGCAGCCCAGUGUUAUGGCUGUGAGAGCAGGUUCUGGCUCGCCACCAGGAGGCAUCACUGCAGUGGCAGGGAGCCUGUCCAGGAGGUCUGGAACUGCGGUAACGUGUUCUGUGCCAGCUGUUGCGACCAGAAGAUCCCAGUGCCAAGCCAGCAGCUGUUCGAGCCCAGCCGCGUCUGUAAGACCUGCUACGGCAGCCUCAAGCUCAGCCCGGCUCCCCUGGACCUGGAGCUGGAGAAACCCAUCGCAGCCAGCUCCAACUGAGCUUCAGAGGAACGGGAGAGGAUGAGCCGCCUGCCCACACUGCUGGAGAAGAGCACAGGAGCUACACAGAAUGUCCCAUGUACUUUGUGUGUAUGUAUGUAUGUGUGUGU